GCUCCUGCAAGCGCGCAGUCGGUCGCACAAGGCCGGUCGCUGCCGUCGUCGUCGUCCGUGCCGAGCGGCAACGCGCGCUACAUCCGCUCCACCACCACCCCCCCUCUGCGCCGACCCCCGCCCGCGCAGCCCCCUCCGGCUGAGGGGAGCGAUGGCGACGGGAACAGCAAGCCAGAACCCCAAGCGCGGGAGUUGCGCGGCAAGCAAGGCGCGCGCGAGGGUGGCGGGAGCAAGAGGAUGGAGAAUGGCGAAGGGGGAACGCGGGCGCAGGAGGGGGCGGGUGGGGGAGGCGCGCAGGAGAAGGCGGGGGUGGCGGGGGUGGCGGGGGUGGCGCGCGAGGUGCUGUUCGUGAAGGGCAACGUGGCGGUGCAUCCGUCCGCGUCGUCCAGUCGCAAGAUCGCGGGGCAGCUGCGCCUCGUCAAGCAUGGCGCUGACGUCUUCCUCAACUGGAUUCCCUACGAGCCCUCCUCGCCCGCAGGCACGCCUAAAGGCAUAGCGCGCGGCAGUCUGCUGUACUCCAUCCGCUCAGUGGCCGUCUCAGAGAUGCGCUCCAUCCGCCGCCACACACCGCCCUUCGGCUGGCACUACAUCAUCAUCGUCCUCACCUCAGGAGUGGCGUUCCCGCCGCUCUACUUCUACGACGGGGGGGUGAAGGAGUUCCUGCACGUGUUGAAGCACCACGCCAUGCUCGAGCGCUCGCUCGACGACCCCAACGUCUACAACGUCAACCAGUCCUUCGACCUCCUGCAGGUGCCCCGCCUCUCCUCGCUCCUUCUCUGCUCAUGCCUGCUAUGCUCUUCUCUGCUCAUGCCUGCUAUGCCCUGCCCUACUCUGAGUCUAGCGCAGCUGCAUCUCUGGGAUCCGCCCUCCACCGAGCCCUCAGAGCCGCCCGCCUCCGCCAAUUUCCGCUCCAUGUCACUCCCCGCCGCCCGCCGCCACGCCCCACCCUUCCGCCCCUCUGCCCCCCCAGAAGUUCCUGCUGCUGCAGCGGCAGUGGCGAGUGGUGCGGGGGGGAGGGCGGGGGCGGGGGGUCCAGGGAGUUACCGGCUGGGCGAGCGCAGCGCAUCGGCGUUUGGGAAACUGGGGGGCAGCAGGGCGCUGGGGAGUGUGAGUGAGGACGAGGGGGAAGGGGGGGAGGACGCGGAGGGCGCAGAAAGGGGGAAGGGGGAGGGGGUGAAGGCGGUGCGGCGGAACAGGCUGCCCCCAUCCCUUACUCAGCGCAGCACAUCCGUGCCACACGCUGCUGCUGCUGCUGCUGCUGCUGCUGCUGCUGCUGCUGCUGCUGCUGGCGAGGGGGUGGGUGGCGAGGAGGGGGGGAAGGAAGGAGAGGGAGAGGGGGAGGAGGGGGAGGAGGGGGAGGAGCAGCAGUACCCGAGUGAAGCGGAGAUGCUGCGCAUGCUGGAGGCCGCUCAUGCCCUGGCGCAGCAGCAGGCCAAGCAGAAGAGAGGGGGGAGGGCGGGGGAAGCAGGGGAGGCGGGGGGGCGGGGGAGAGGGAAACGGGGAGCAGCCAUCGGAGGCGGAGAUGCUUCGCAUCCUGGAGGCCGCCAAUGA